CCAUGUCUUGCAUGACUUUUGUCCUUUUCCUGACCUUUGCCCAAAUCUGGGCCUCCUCUAUGCACCCUCGUCUCCCCCCUUCCUCCAAACUCUCCACAAACCCCAAGGAACAAACAUCUUAUUACUGGAUUCACAACGCCCGAAGUACCAUCACUGAGAAAAUCCAGCGUUCACUGAACCAAAACGUUGCCAAAAACGUGAUUCUUUUCCUGGGGGAUGGAAUGUCAAUACCUACGGUGGCGGCAGCCAGGGUGUACCAAUCCGGGGAAGAAUCGGAAUUGGCUUUCGAUAAAUUUCCAUACAUUGGAUUAGCUAAGACGUAUGCGGUUGAUAGACAAGUCGCUGAUUCGGCCAACACAGCCACGGCCUACUUGGCGGGAGUUAAAGCAAACUAUGGAACUAUCGGAGUUGGACCGGAAGUGAAUUUUGGUGACUGUCAAGGAAUGACAAAUGAAACAAACCACGCCUUCUCCAUAGCCUACUACUCACAAUUGAAGAAUAAAAGGACGGGUCUAGUGACCACGGCUAGGGUCACACAUGCCUCACCUGCUGGUGUUUAUGCUCACACUAGUGACAGGAAUUGGGAAAGUGACAGUGACAUCAUAAACGAUGGCCAAAAACCGGAAAUAUGUUCCGACAUUGCCUCCCAAUUGUUAUUCGGAGAAACCGGAAAGAAACUAAAUGUUGUCAUGGGCGGAGGCAGAAUGAAACUCCUCCCCAAUAACAUGACAGAUGAGGAAGGCCAGAAAGGGGAAAGAUCAGACGGCGCUAACUUGAUCCAAACAUGGCAAGAGCAACGCAUUAAUGUCAAAUACGCAUGGAAUCGAAGCCAACUCAUCGGCGAUGUUACUUUUGAUAACCUUUUGGGUCUUUUUGCCCAUGACCACAUGAGCUUUAACCUCGAACGUGACACUACCAAUGAACCAUCACUGGCUGAAAUGACCACAGUUGCCAUUAAAACCCUCAGUCGUGGCUCCGAUGGCUACUUUUUAUUCYUAGAGGGCGCCAGAAUCGACAUGGCGCAUCACAGCGGCGCAUCUCGGUUAGCCUUGAACGAAACAAUCGAAUUUUCUAAGGCUAUCCAAGCCGCCGUUGACUUAACCGACGAAUCAGACACUUUGAUUGUCGUGACGUCAGACCACGCCCAC